AUAUGAGACGACCUAUAUAAGUAGCCGACAGGAUUCUCGGACUCAGUGUGUGUUCAACGUGCCACUUUGACGACAGAAAAAAAUGAAGGUGUCAAUAUUGAUUGUUGUGUUGGCGGCGUGCGCGGUGACCCUGGCCGUGGAGUUGGCACCCGAAAACUUUGUGCAGCCCGUUGACCCUCGGAGUGUAACCUUACCAGCUGUCAACCGGCCAAAAAGAUUUUUGGGUCAUGCAAUCGGUGCUGCUGGAUUGGCUGGAAUAGCAGGUCUUGGAGCCCUUGGUCUUGGAGCUGGCAUCAUCGGCGCUAAAGCUGGCCUUAUUGGCGGAGCUUUAGCUGGAGGAGCAAUUGCUGCUGGAAGGGGCUUCGGUGGUCAUUACGGAGGUGGUUACGCUAGAGGAUACGGACACGGAGGUUAUGGCGGUUAUGGUGGAUACGGAGGUUAUGGCGGCUAUGGUGGUUAUAAUGGAUACAGGAGUUACUACUACCCAUCUGCGUACGUUUACAGCGACCCGUGGUGCUGAUUUUAGUUUAAUGUUAGUAACAUCGUGAGAAUUACAGACUGAUACAGACUCACGAUUAGAUUUAAGUCAAAUAAAGAAUUAAAAAUGA